AUGAAUUUUUAUAGGUUAAGUAUCCAUAUUACGUUAUUGCAAAAAAUUGCAAAUUACAUAAUUUGUUUUCGUUACCCUCAUUUAUUACUUCAGGCAGUUGAUGUUGGACGUCCGGUGUCGAUGGAGGUUAUUCAGCGACUGAAGGACAUCGAACCAAAGCAUGCGGAAAUCAAGCGACGCGUCAUUAACUUUGUGUACGCGGCUAAGUUAAAUGUCGUGGAGCGGAUCGAUGAAUUCUACCUACAGGUGUUUGCCGAAAAGGAGGGAUCACUUGCUAGGUCCAUAGUGAUUGAGGACGAAAUGUUGUAUCAGUUGGACCAUCAAGUGCAGUCGGCCGAUCGGAGUUGUCUUGAGAUAUUGCGGAUUAUCGUCGAUAGCAACAUGAACGUGGCUGGUGUCGGAUAUACGAACUGUAUUAACAGUGUCCAAGUAGGCCUCGAACGAGAGCUGGAAAGGGUGCUAAAGCUGCUGGAGUUUGAUGAGUCGAAAAUUCUCUACCAACGGUUACUGGAUGUGUUCGAAGGUGAAAAUAUUAUCUACGACCCGGAACGUAUUUUGGCCAAGUUAAAGGACAAAGCAUUCGAAAUAGACGCGAUGGGUAGCGACUGCUUGUCGGGAGUGUUCGAAAUCGUUGAGAAAUUCGCUGCGGCUCUGGGGGACCUUCGUAUAGCUUACCAAACGUGCCUGAACACAAACGAGUCUAUUCUAAAGAUAGCAAAUGAGGCAUCGAAGAGUCAGCUAACGGACAUUUGCCUUGACACUCUCGUAGACAAUUAG